CCUGCCUAAACAAAAACAUCGGCCGAAGCCUCUGCAGACUGCAGUACUGAAGUACCGCACCGUCCGUUGACAUUGUCAUCUCCUUGGGAUUAUUUUCCUAGUGCUGAUAGCGAAGAGCGUAGAUCUGUGCGAGCUUGAUGCUGAACAUUUCAAGCGUUAUUUUCGAAAGAGUUGUUUGCCUUCAUCAAGUUAGUUCGCUCUGUACCUGAGCCACAACUGAUGAACGGCUUGUACUUGAAAGUACGACGUGUUAUUCCUUGAGAAAACACAACUCUUUGAUCCUAAGAAGUUAUGCAGUAACUUGAUGUCGAUCGUGAUCAGUCCGCAGUGCGAGUGAACUGUGGUCACGCGGACAGGCAGGAGUGUGAACAAUGGCAGACAGGGUGCGCUAUAACAUAGCCUUCUUACUUUCCAAUCUAGAUGCAUCCGUGAUCUUGGAACUCUUGCUGGAGGAUGAUGUGCUGGACGUUGAUGAAUAUAAAACUGCCUCCAGCAAGGAGAACGUGAAGUCUGAUCUGACAAAGUACGUGGUGAGGUUAAUGCUAACGAAAACGGAGGAACAGGUGGAUUCGUUCCUGAAGCUGAUUCAACACAGCCAACCCGAUGUUGCUAAACAUGUUGCCAACACUAUGGCAAAGCGACGCGAUGCAACUGCCAGUGGGGGAGCUGACCAUCCGACGAAGCCAAUGUCGGCAGAUCGUGAGUCAACACUUGGCUCGUCCUCCGACAAUCCGUUUGACCUGAAAAGGUUUGUGUGUGAUAUUCAACCAUGGUUGAACAAUGUUGACGCAGAUCGACUGCGACAGAUGGUGAUCAAGAAACAUCUCAUAGCUGACAACGCAUCAAUAGAGCGACUAAAGAGAAUUCGGUCCCGGGAUGGACUGUCUGAUCAUAAUGAGGCGCUCAUCCAGUUGCUCAGAGCUGGUGGCCUAAAGACUUAUCGUGAUCUCUGUGUUGUCAUUGAGGAACUUGGUUAUGCGGACAAGAGCAAGGAAAUGCUCUCCAUUUUGUCCCCCACAGAUGCUACCAUGACAACGGCUGGACAACAGAAAACGCAACAAUCAGUCCACACAGUGGGAGGUAGUGAGACUGAUCAACAACUGUCCUCCAGCAGACAUACAGCAACAGACAAACAAGCAACAUCAGCUUUAGCAACAACCAGUGCAACUAGUGUGGGUACAACAAGGAGUACUAGACUAACUACAGCUCAGGUUUCAAAAACAUCAUCACAUUCAAGCAACUCAUCUCUACCAGACCUGGACGAACACUUCACUGGCAGGAAUGACAUUGUUACAAAGAUCAGUCACAACAUUCUCACAACAAAGUCCAAGUCAUCAUCUACACGAGUGAAGAGUCUUGUGGCACCACCUGGUUUUGGUAAGACGUCCGUAGCCAUUGCCGUGGGACAUGCAUGUCGCAAUGCUGGUUGUCGUGUGGAGUUCUUUGACUUACGCGGUGUAGCUGGUGUUGACGCUGUCCAGGCAAUGAUUCAAAACCGACUCGAAACAAACCCGGCUUCGUCUGAAACUUGCGGUAUGACAACGAAAUCAACUGAUGGCAUGGAUGAUGAUGGUAGCCAGCACCACAUGUUAUGUAUUCUGGAUAAUGCCGAGGAUGCUAUGCAGGCGGGUGCUGAUAAAGAUUUCCAACUACAAGAUGUCAUCCAACGACUACUACGACAACAACACAACGUUCAUAUCCUACUGACAAGUCGUGUUUACUUUGACCUACACGCUGCCCAGUUUAAACUACAACAACACCGUCUUGUUGGUCUGACAAAGGUUUGUGCUGUUGGUCUUCUCCGUGGUCUAUGUGUUGAUGGUAGUGUGAGCAUUGAAGAUGCACGGAGGUUAGUGGAUCAUUGUGGAAAUGUUCCACUUGCUGUACGCAUUACAGCUGGUCUUCUACAAGGUGGCCGAAAAACUCCAACCAUGUUGUUAUCGCUAUUUCAGGAACUUGGUCUAGAUGUGUUCAACGACGAUCGUCACUCGGGUCUGAAACCGAAUCAUCGAAUCCUGAAGCUGUUGGAAUUAGCAUACAACGCAUUACAGCAGGAUGACAAGGAAUCAUUCCAUGCUCUCUCCCAGCUGCGUUCAUCGUUCACAUCUGAUUGCGCUUGUGUGAUGGUGGGUUUGCCUGCAACUGAUGCCAAUGUGGUUCAUCUUGUACGUUUCGAUCCUUUGAUCAAGAUUUGUUUCCUGGAUUACAAUGCGGAUUUGAAACGCUACUCUUUGCAACCAUUCGUCGCCGAGUUUGGCCGUUACAAAUGCCCUGAAGACAAGCAACGCAUGUACCAACAGCGAAUGUGCAAGCAUUUCCUUGGCUUUGUGAAGGAUGUUGAUCAUCGUAGAGGUUGCAGUGCAGAGGAAGCAAUGUAUUGGAGUUACAAACUGCUUCAGGAAAUCGUGAACAUCGAGAAUGCGUUGUCGGUUGUUCAUCUGCUGUCUGAUGAUGAACUUCUUCCUUUCUCUAGAUUAGCAACGUGUUGUGGUUUGUUUGCAGCUUUGUUUGGGAAAUCAACAGUUGUUGAAGCGUUUGUUGAAAGGUUUCAAAGAUUGGACAAUGCACCGCUCUCCGUUCAAGUUGACGGUCUUUGUGCCACGGUCGAGUGUAGGUUUAUCAGUGCAGGCUUAGCAGCGGGUUCUGACACCAAUUUUGACGAUUUGGAGCUCAAAGCCCAAACACUUCUUCAGAAAUGCAACAAGGAACCGACAGGAGAGCAAUCACAGCUGCAGCUGAUUUUGAUCCAACUUUCAUUGGAGUCAUGCAGAACAAACAUAUCUCGGACCAUGGGCAGCAUGGAAGGACAAGCUGAGCUCAGCCAGGAAACACUAUCCCGUCUUCAGGUGGUGUACCAGCGUGUUACAACAACACUGGGAAUGGGUCUUGCAACAGGUGUCACUGAAUAUGCUCUGAAAUCCAUUCAACUGUAUUGUUCCACUCUGCUAAACAAGGAUAUACCCAAUGUACAGGUGGUAGAAGACCUUGCAGAGAGGGUAAUCUCAUCACACUUACUAUCACAGGAUGGUGCAGUCCCUUCAUGUGCUACAGUGUACUGCGUUCUGCUAGAAUGCAUUGCUGUGAUCCUGGGCAAGGUUGUAUCAAGUUCCUGUAGCAGUGAGUGGAUUAUUUCACCAUCAUUGAUUACAACACUGGGUAUACAACUCUGCGAGUGGAAACAUGUACCAACUGCUAUCAGACGCACAUUCAAUACCCAUGACGACUUUACCACUGUGGCAGCUUUCCAGGUACAACAGUACCUGUACUCCAUGGAUAAUGACACAGUAACCACACUACUGAACAUGUACUUGGGUGAUAUGUACAACAUCCAGUACAUAUCCUCGGUAGUAAAUGGAAGGGCACACACAACUCCAUUGGGUAUCACUCUACCAGCACAGCAUGCCUACUACAUUGUGAUGGACUAUGUCAGGAGAUGGUGUAAUGGCUCAAAUCCAGCAGAUCACACAACAGCACUGAUUAACAACUGUAGCCAGAACAAGAUACCUGAUCUAGAAGUGGUGCAGUCUUGUAUACUGAUGGCUAGAGUACUGCAGACGUUUGAGAAUACAGUCUUUGCAACUGUCGAUAUUUCCAAACUCUUCCCAGCAUUGAAGUCAUUGGUUAAUGAUCUCAGUGCUUACCUGCCGAGCAAUUGUGCAACUGGUCUCUCAGUGUCUGGAAUUGUGUACUUACCACCAACAACUGCGGACAGUCCUCUACUAUACAUCUCUCUCAUUGCUGCCCUACAUCAUCGAUCCAAGAGAGGUCAAGUGAGCAUUGAUCACCACAUUGCACUGCGGGAAUGGUGUCCACGUGUAGCAGCAUGUUUUGUCUGCUAUGACCUGGACAACAUCACAGCAUGUCCUCGUUGUGGCAUGGCCUACCUGUGUGGCAAACAUCGUCAAACUGAUGAACACCAAAGUGAACACAACCAACACUGUGCUAUGCUGGCAGCACUCAGUCAUUGCAUGUCGCACACCUAUGCCCAUCACUCGCCAAACUCGUGAUCAACACCUACCGAAAGCCCGCUAGCCUCUUCGUCGGCGGCGAGAAGAUCUUGUCAUGUGAGGGUACCAC